CACACAUUUACACGCUAUACACACACACCGAGUCAGUCAUCCUUCAUGAUCAGCUACAUAGCUAUACACAUGUGUGUGUCUGUCCACCGCUUUCUCCGACCUGUAUGCUCACACACACCACACAAGCGCCAUCCCCUUCCCAACGCCUGUCAGCAUAUAUGUACACGAGGCCGACGGCCUGCCUGCCUGGCUGCCCGCCACACGCCCCAACGAAAGCUAGUGCGCUAACAUAUACACGGCGUCCCCACUAACAUCCUGGCGAGCAUCCUUCUGCUCCUCCGUCCGUUUGGGCAGCCGUUAAUCGAUGAAGCCGAUGGCCACGAAGAUAACCAGGCUGACGGCCAUCAACGCCAUGCCCGCAAUCACGAGGGCGGAGCUGACGCGGUCCUGCAAAGGCAUCGGACGCACAGCCAAUGACAACCAGUGUGCCACCCACUGCCCUGACCCACACCCACCCCCCCACGCACUGACGCACUCACGUGUGGGUCGUAUCUGAGGGCUGCUGGCAUGAGCUUCCUCACAGACAUGUGCACCAUCAGGCCACCCACCAGCCCAAAGAGAAUGGCGAUCGCCGUUGACGAGAUGUUGUUGGACAAUAUCAGCGAUGAGCGACCAGCCGAAGGCCUUGCACUGCUCCCGGUCGCAUAGUAUAUUGGCACGGACACAGCCACGCCCUCGGGGAAGCUGUGAAUGUCUGUCGCCACAGCGACUCCUGAAACACGCACGCACGCAGUGCAAAGACCCAAUCAAGCUCGCCAACGUCUGCCCGUCUGCAGUGCGCUCCAGUUAGUUACUGUACCCAGGCCAAACUUGGGGUCGGCCGCUGGACAGAGAUAAGUUCAGCAGGUUCCCCUUGUCGCGCGCCGGCCUGCCAAGGGCCGCCUUGCCCGCACCAUUCCUGCCGUCCUGACAACACAAAUACCACGAUAGGCCAGUGGUCGAUACAGCCGGCUAAUCGCGUGGAAACUGUGGUCAAACACCCACCUUUGGCGGCGGUGUUUCCGUCUCUUCGGCCGAUCUGGGUUUGUCGGCGGCCUCGACAUGCUCGUGUGACGUGGAGGGUGAUGACGCUGAGCCGCUCUGGUGGGUGUCCACCGUCUCCUCGAUGGACAGACUGACUGAAGGAGCACCAAAUGAAGGACACCCAUAUUGAUUGUGCAUCGUCCGUCGUCAGUCAUGUCGUCUUUUCGCAGGCAGCGGCUGGCUUACGGGGACGUUUUGUUUCUGUGCCGCGCAGCGCACUUGCAGUGAGUGGCGUCAUCUUGGCCUCCUGCGCCAUCUCCUCGGGCGACCUGGACAGCCCCUCCAGCGUCACGGGCGGCUCGUGAUGGACCUUGUCGUGGUCGUGCUCGUAGCCAAACAGCCUACACACACACACACAAAUAUACACACAGGGAGAUGGAGGCCUGCUGCUCUUUCAGGGCUUUUGUUGCUCCGUUCGCCGGCCACCGACCGCAGAAGAAGACCAGCGUCGCGAGAGGGUUUGCCUGCGUCUUGUCGAACCCAGAUCUCACAAACUCAUCCUGCACACAAACACACACGCACAUGGAUCGUGUAGUGCGUGAUACGAGCUCGGUGAGAGCGCCCGUCGCCCACCUCAGGCGCAUACCCAUUGCUUUGUAGAAUAUCUCGAUGAAGGAGAUGUACAGCAUCACCCCCGCCGACAGCGACAGGCACACAGCGAAGAUCAGAUCCGCGGCUUGGACGUCGGCAAACAGAAAGACAGACCACAGCACUGCCGCCAGCCAAACCUGCGCACAACACACGAACACAGCUACAGCUGAAUAUGGCAACGUCAUUGCGCCGAAUGGUGGCAGAGGUUGGCGUGAGCGUACCAGCGAGUGACGACAGGCCUAAACCGACACCCAGACGAUACUCGGACUCCGUCACGCUCCGCGACCUUGUGCGUCAGAAAUCGACUGCCGCUCCGCCUUGAUGCAGGGACGUGUCUCAGGACCGCACAGGGGCGUACGCCCCUUGGCGGCUCCGCUCGUCGCCUCCUUCCGUCGGACCAAAGUGCGAGCUGUUGCGACACACGGCUCCAACUCAAGAAUUGGCCAAAAGCGCAGCCGUUCUGUCUCUCUCUUGGUGGGGGUCAG